CCUGUUUUCUUUCCUUUUGGUGCUUGCAUCCAGUAUUUCAUCGAGUUGAUUUUGCAAGACCUUUACCGCGCAGAUGAUCGAUGGGGUAUCAUUUUGCUGCGCUACUUUAAUCCGAUUGGUGCACACUCAAGUGGCCGCCUCGGCGAGGAUCCACAGGGAACGCCGAACAACCUUAUGCCAUAUCUCACGCAGGUAUUGCAGGGGAAGCGGAGCGUCCUUAAGGUCUUCGGAUCCGACUACCCAACACCAGAUGGGACAGGGGUUAGGGACUACAUCCAUGUGAUGGAUCUUGGAUCAGGACACAUCUCCGCAGUCAGGAAGCUUGAAGAGUAUACUGGUUGUGGAGCAUAUAAUCUGGGAACGGGGAAAGGAACGUCAGUUUUGGAAUUGGUGAAGGCAAUGGAACGGGCGUCUGGGAAGAGAAUACCAUUGGUGUACAAAGACAGGAGACCCGGUGAUUGUGCGUCUAUUUAUGCCAGCACAGAGAAGGCGAAUAUGGAGCUUCGAUGGCGAGCCCAGUUCGAUGUGGCCAAAAUGUGCGAGGACCAGUGGCGGUGGGCACAGUAUUCCAAGCAACUGGAGGAGGAUUAGUUGAUCAGGCAAGGGCGGCGGGCGUUGAUUGCUCUUUGCUGGGAGGGAUGUCUGGAGAAGGGUUUUUCAUGCAAAUCUCUCUCUCUCUCUCUCUGUCUUUUCACAAAGAGAGAGAGAGAGAGAGAGAGAGAGAGAGAGAGAGAGAGAGAGAGAGAGAGAGAGAGAGAGAGAGAGAGAGAGAGAGAGAGAGAGAGCGGCUUUACUUUAAUUGGUUCAGUUAGUAUUACCAGCACAUGUUGUUUAUAAUAAUCUAGUUAUGUGCGCGAUUCAUUCAAUUUGUAUUGUCGUUGCUUGACUGAGGCCAUACACUAGCACUUUUCUGAAUGUAUCUGACUGCAAUAACGCCCACACCUGGAUGCAUCUGGCUCUGAUAACGUCCAGAGCACAGGCGGAAAAGUCGCAGUGUGCGUAUGCCUUUGAGAGUGAAAUCGAAGUGGAAGGUUGCUAGUGUUGUAUGCAUGUUUCCAUGGAGAGAGUUUUCCGUGGUCGAAUUGGGGCUGCCAUCAUGGCCAUGGCAGCUAUUGAUGCUCGCAGAGCGUUGCGUUGAUAGAUAUAGAAGAAGGGCAUGUUGGAGGCAGCAUAGAGAGCCGAAUGGAGGGGUAUGGUGUCGGUGUUGUGCCGAUAUUUCCUGACCCAGGUCUGGACAGAGUUGGCCUCAGGGCAUACUCACACUAGGACCGUUGCAUCCAGGUCCAGCCGUAAAUCCGGUCAGCUUCAGUUGAGGUAGAGAUAGUGUGAGUAUGCCCUUGGAAGAUCAGGGUCCUGGUCUACCAUAAUGCCUAUUCAACAGCGGCACCCUAACAGCAUGAGGCUGCCCUGCGUACGGCUCUCGUGUAUCCGAGCAGCGCAGUAGAAGCCCAUGGUUCUGUACCCCGAGAGUCCUUCGGGACGCUUUAUAGCGUGCACUUUAAGAGUGCUUUGGGCAGUGAUGUAAAAUGGUGGGGAAAGGUCUAUCGGCGGGGAAAGCUUCGAUCAGCAUCUGUUCUGUCGGUGAUGGACCCUGUUAUAUGGUGCUGAAGCUUGUGAACAGUUGUUAGGACCACGGUACGUCUUCGGGUUUAGAUCUGACGGUAUGUUCUAGUGCUGUAUCAACUUAUGUCCUAGGUUGAGUUAUACCAUCGAAUAGAUGACUACAGUCUUCCCCCGAAUACAACGUACCGUCAUUGUAGCUGAAUUUGGGGCAUCUUUCAGUCUAAAUACAGCUAUAAUGACCGGACGGCGUAAGUUGUAUUCGGGGAAAGUAGGUAAGCUGUGAAUCGCGGAGCUUCUCCUUUUCUGAUUUCUCUUCGCGAUGAUUUGAUUUCAGCCUGCAGACUAUUAGUGUUUACUUGUUUCCAAAUAAAAGCCUGCACCCUCCACAGCCCUUCAGGGGCCCUUUUGCGUCCUGUCAGAACCCUUCAGAAACAUUUAGAAACCCUCAGAACCCUUUGGAACCCCUCAGACCGCCUUAGAGGUGUAGCACCAGCAUUGAUUCCCCUGGUCUAGCGAGCAGUCCACGUUCGCGCUCGGAGGGACAUGGUGGAGGUUGUGAUGCUUCCCUGCUCGGUAGCACUUCCCGUACUUUCGUCGAUACCCGGUGCCCGGUACUUCUGCCGUUUGCCUUAUCGUCCCUGUCCUCCUCCGCCUGGCCCAACCGGGACCACCAUGGAUUUCUUCAAGAUGUUGAUGCCGGCGGAACCGGGGGCACGAACGUGUCAACUCUAAUUGAUAAAUAAAUGCCAGUUAAAAUA